GCAUUAAAACCGGAUUAUGAAGAUAUAGGUAUUGGACCUGGAGUGCCAGACGAUCUGACCAAUGGUGGCCCGAGCUCCAGCUCUCAGGCAGCUCGACCGCGUAAACAGCUUCCCAUGUGGAUUGCGUCUGGGGCAGGCAACCUGGAAGGCUCCGUCAGUGUCACUUAGCUAGUAGAGCUACCUCUGCCAUCAACGUCGUUGUUUGCGAAGAUCCCCCUCUACUACUACAACAAUCUUUCUUACGACCCAGCCAGCCUCUGCGCGGAUCUCUUCCUUCGGACUCGACUGUCUCUCAUCUCCUUUUCUGCUUUCGCAGGUUAGCCCGGACAUCUCACCGGCUUAAGCUUUCAUCAUGUCGGGAGGCAGCGCUGGUUAUGACCGGCACAUCACCAUCUUCUCUGAGCAGGGCAGGCUCUACCAAGUCGAAUAUGCCUUCAAGGCUAUCACUGCUGCCAAUAUUAUGUCGAUAGGUGUUCGAGGGAAGGACUGUGCGGUGGUCCUGUCCCAGAAAAAGGUCCCUGACAAACUGAUCGACCCUUCCUCGGUAUCCCACAUUUUCCAGAUCUCACCGUCUGUCGGGUGCGUCAUGACCGGCUCUAUCGCGGACGCCCGUGCAUUCGCUCAGCGUGCCCAGGGUGAGGCGGCCGAAUUCCGCUACAAAUAUGGCUACGAGAUGCCGUGCGAUGUCUUAGCCAAGAGGCUGGCGAACAUUAGUCAGGUGUACACACAGAGGGCACACAUGCGCCCCUACGGUGUGGCGACAACUCUGAUAUCACUAGACGCCGAAUUUGGUCCUCAGCUCUUCAAGACUGAUCCUGCUGGAUAUUACGUUGGCUACAAGGGCACGGCAGCUGGACCUAAGCAACAAGAGGCUCUCAACCAUCUAGAGAAGAAGCUUAAGAACAAGGAGCAUGCCGAAGGUAGCUGGGAAGAUGUUGUGGAACUGGCGAUCACUACUCUCAGCACUGUUCUCAGCAUGGAUUUCAAGAAGGGAGAGAUUGAAAUUGGAAUAGUUGGCGGUCCGCGCGCGGACGGCAAGGAAGGCCCAGAUCCGUCAUUCAGAACUCUGACCGAAGAUGAGAUAGACGACAGGCUACAGGCCAUUGCGGAGAAGGACUAGUGGAUGAUGCCUAAAACGCCAUAAGGCUGAACCCUCGUCAACGUAGCUAAUUUGCCUGUAUGGAGAGUUCGGCGUUGGUUUGCCACCCGUUGUUGCCCGGUUGAGAUGGAGGGGUAGAGAGGUGUUAUGAUAUAUACCCCUUGUUCUCCAUAUGCAAUAGUCCCAUUGGCGCCCAAUGAGGCGUCGAGCAGGCAAUUCUAUUUUUGACGUAACUACAACAAUAGCCCGUUGCGACCUCGAUAA